AUGUACGUACGUGGUCAUGACAGUGUGUGUGGAUAUGUGUUCCUCCUCCCCCAGCUGGGCAUCAGCAGCGUUGAGCCUCAGAAUGGUUCAUGUGAGGGGGCGGUGGUCAUCCUGGAUGCCGGGGCUCAGUACGGCAAGGUGAUUGACAGGCGGAUCAGAGAGCUGUUUGUCCGCUCAGAGAUCCUCCCACUAGAGACGCCAGCCUUCGCCAUCAGAGAACAAGGCUUCAGGUGAGACUGACUGACAUCACACUUGCACCUGGGUGGCAUUUACAAGUCAACGAACCUGGACCAAAUGUUUCGAAAUGAAUAAGGAAAAUGCAUACGGAGGUGUGAGUGUGAGAGAGAGAGAACCUGUCAGAACAAUUACACUUGUGUGAUAAUUCCCAAGAUUACUAGUUACUAGUCUGAAAAUGACUACUCUGUUGUUGUGUAUGGUUACAUUUUAAAUGCCAUUUAGCAGAUGCUUUUAUCCAAACGCGACUUAGUCAUGCGUGCAUACAGUUUUACGUAUGUGUGGCCCCGGGAAUCGAACCCACAACCCUGCCGUUGCAAGUGCCAUGCUCUACCAACUGAGCCGUACAUAAAUUGAUUGAUUGUUUGACUUUUGUCUUUGAAUAUUUCUCCUCCCUCGUUCCUCCCUCUUUCUCUCUCCAGAGCGAUCAUCAUCUCUGGUGGUCCCAACUCUGUGUAUGCUGAGGAUGCCCCUUGGUUUGACCCUGCCAUAUUCACCAUUGGAAAGCCUGUCCUUGGUAUCUGCUAUGGAAUGCAGGUAGGAGGGCCCUGUGAAAUGCACAUACAGUGCAUUCGGAAACUAUUCAGACCCCUUGACUUUUCCCACAUUUUGUUAGGUUACAGCCUUAUUCUAAAAUGGACAACACAAAAUACCCCAUAAUGACAAAGCACAAACAGGUUGUUAGAAAUUUUUGCAAAUGUAUAAAAAAUAAAAAAACGGAAAUAUUAAAUUUCAAUAAGUAUUCAGACCCUUUACUCAGAACUUUGUUGAAGCACCUUUGGCAGUGAUUACAGGAUUGAGUCUUCUUGGGUAUGGCGCUACAAGCUUGGCACACCUGUAUUUGGGGAGUUUCUCCCAUUCUUCUCUGCAGAUCGUCUAAUACUCUGUCAGGUUGGAUGGGGAGCGUCGCUGCACAGCUAUUGUCAGGUCUCUCCAGAGAUGUUCGAUCAGGUUUAAGUCCGGGCUCUGGCUGGGCCACUCAAGGACAUUCAGAGACUUGUCCCGAAGCCAUCCUGCGUUGUCUUGGCUGUGUGCUUAGGGUCGUUGUCCUGUUGGAAGGUGAACUUUCGCCCCAGUCUGAGCUCUGGAGCAGGUUUUCACCAAGGAUCUCUCUGUACUUUGCUCCGUUCAUCUUUCCCUCGAUCCUGACUAGUCUCCCAGUCCCUGCUGCUGAAAAACAUCCCCACAGCAUGAUUCUGCCACCACAAUGCUGGCCACUCUACCAUAAAGGCCUGAUUGGUGGAGUGCUCUAGAGAUGGUUGUCCUUCUGGAAGGUUCUCCCAUCUCCACAGAGGAACUCUAGAGCUCUAUCAGAGUGACUAUCGGGUUCUUGGUCACCUCCCUGACCAAAGCCCUUCUCCCCCUAUUGCUCAGUUUGGCCGGGCGGCCAGCUCUAGGAAGAGUCUUUGUGGUUCCAAAAAUCUUCCAUUUAAGAAUGAUGGAGGCCACUGUGUUCUUGGGGACCUUCAAUGCUGCAUACAUUUUUUGGUACCCUUCCUCACAUCUGUGCCUCGACACAAUCCUGUCUCAGAGCUUGGUUUUUGCUCUGACAUGCACUGCCAACUGUGAGACCUCAUGUCCAAUCAAUUGAAUUUACCACAGGUGGACUCCAAUCAAGUUGUAGAAACAGCUCAAGGGUUGUCAAUGGAAACAGGAUGCACCUGUGCUAAAUUUACAGUCUCAUUUAUUUUUUAUUUUAUUUCACCUUUAUUUAACCAGGUAAGCCAGUUGAGAACAAGUUCUCAUUUACAACUGCGACCUGGCCAAGAUAAAGCAUAGCAGUGCGAUAAAAACAACAACACAGAGUUACAUAUGGGGUAAAAAAACAUAAAGUCAAAAAAUACAACAGAAAAUAUAUAUACAGUGUGUGCAAAUGUAGCAAGUUAUGGAGGUAUGGCAAUAAAUAGGCUAUAGUGCAAAAUAAUUACAAUUAGUAUUAACACUGGAAUGCUAGAUGUGCAAGAGAUUAUGUGCAAAUAGAGAUACUGGGGUGCAAAAGAGCAAAAUAAAUAACAAUAUAGGGAUGAGGUAGUUGGGUGGGCUAAUUUCAGAUGGGCUGUGUACAGGUGCAGUGAUCGGUAAGGUGCUCUGACAACUGAUGCUUAAAGUUAGUGAGGGACAUAAGAGUCUCCAGCUUCAGAGAUUUUUGCAAUUAGUUCCAGUCAUUGGCAGCAGAGAACUGGAAGGAAUGGCGGCCAAAGGAGGUGUUGGCUUUGGGGAUGACCAGUGAGAUAUACCUGCUGGAGCGCAGACUACGGGUGGGUGCUGCUAUGGUGACCAAUGAGCUAAUGUAGCUCAGUUGAUAGAGCAUGGCGUUUGCAACGCCAGGGUUGUGGGUUUGAUCCAGUAUAAAAAAAGAUAAGAGCGUCUGCUAAAUGACUAAAAUGUAAAUAAGGCGGGGAUUUGCCUAGCAGUGAUUUAUAGAUGGCCUGGAGCCAGUGGGUUUGACGACGAACAUGUAGUGAGGACCAGCCAACAAGAGCGUACAGGUCACAGUGGUGGGUAGUGUAUGGGGCUUUGGAGACAAAACGGAUGGCACUGUGAUAGACUACAUCCAAUUUGCUGAGUAGAGUGCUGGAGGCUAUUUUGUAAAUGACAUCGCCGAAGUCAAGGAUCGGUAGGAUAGUCAGUUUUACGAGGGCAUGUUUGGCAGCAUGAGUGAAGGAGGCUUUGUUGCGAAAUAGGAAGCCGAUUCUAGAUUUAACUUUGGAUUGGAGAUUCUUAAUGUGAGUCUGGAAGGAGAGUUUACAGUCUAACCAGACACCUAGGUAUUUGUAGUUGUCCACAUACUCUAGGUCAGACCCGUCGAGAGUGGUGAUUCUAGUCGGGCGGGCGUGUGCCAGCAGCGUUCGAUUGAAGAGCAUGCAUUUAGUUUUACUAGUGUUUAAGAGCAGUUGGAGGCUACUGAAGGAGUGUUGUAUGGCAUUGAAGCUCGUUUGGAGGUUUGUUAACACAGUGUCCAAUGAAGGGCCAGAUGUAUACAAAAUUGUGUCGUCUGCGUAGAGGUGGAUAGCAAAGGGUCUGAAUACUUAUGUAAAUAAGGUAUUUCUGUUUAAUUUUUAAUAACUGUGCUAAAAUGUCUAUAAACCUGUUUUCGCUUUGUCAUUAUGGGGUAUUGUGUGUAGAUUGCUAAGGAUUUUUUGUAUUCAAUCCAUUUUAGAAUAAGACUUAACGUAACAAAGUGGAAAAAGUCAAGGGGUCUGAAUACUUUCCGAAGGCACUGUACACAAAACCUCCCUCCAGAAGACCAUAGCAUGAAACUCUGUGUUCAUGACAUCAUCACCUAGAGUCAAUAACAGUGUGUCUAGACAGAUCAAUUGGAUAAAACCACUAAGAAUCAGUUUCUUAUGAUCACAUACAAAUUUAAAUUAGAUCUUUCAAUCAAUACAAAAUGCAGAUUUAAGAGGCUAAUGAUCAAUUGUCCUCUCCCCAGAUGAUGAAUAAAGUUUUUGGAGGCACAGUACACAGGAAGAGUGUGAGGGAGGAUGGAGUGUUCAACAUCGGACUGGACAACACCUGCUCUCUCUUCAGGUGGGUUAAGAAGAACUAAUGAUUCUUCAGAAAACAGUUUCACCAUAACCACUCAGAGAGAAGAAGUGAAGUGGUAGGCUAUUUCAAGAACAAGUGGUUUUCAUUGGUUUGUCCCAGAGCCAUGUGUUUGACGUGAACUGGACCAAAAUUCCAACAGUCACAUAGUUUCCCUUUGCCGUCACACAAACACUCCAAAAUAAGAAAACCACAUUCCUCCCUCUCUCAGACAUUACACACAGUCAGACACAAGCACAUUGUGGCUGCUUGCUGCCGCUUUGUUCCCUCUGGUUCCAGAUAUGGGUGGAAUUACUUCAGGUUUCAUUGUGCCUGUGUGUGAAUAUACUUCCUGUCUGACCUUUGACCCUGUGUGUGACUUGAUGUUGUCAGGGGCCUGCAGAAAGAGGAGCUGGUGCUGUUGACUCAUGGGGACAGUGUGGACAAGGUGGCCGAUGGCUUCAAGGUGGUGGCCCAGUCGGGGAGCAUCAUUGCAGGUAAGCAUUCUGGGAAAGGAUCCUUGGCCUGGAGGAAAAUGAUAUUUUAGACUAAUUUAGUCUACCACCAUACUUCCCUACUUUCAGUCAAUUCCACAAUAUGAUCAUGAAGCCCAUUGGCCCUUCUUCCAUCCCCAACCCUUCUUUGCCCUCGUCUUUGACCUCCCACACCUCACCACUGCCCCCCCUGUUCUCUGACAGGUAUUGCUAAUGAGCAGAAGAAGCUGUACGGGACCCAGUUUCACCCGGAAGUGGACCUGACGGAGCGGGGCACAGAGAUAUUACGUAACUUCCUGUUUGAAAUCGCCGGCUGCACUUCCAACUUCACCGUCCAGAACCGCCAGCAGUCCUGUAUCACAGAGAUUCAGGAGAAAGUUGGCAAGUCCAAAGUGCUGGUAAGGAAUCCACAGUAUGGUUCGGUGCAGUCUGUGGGUGUACUACAUGUGCCCCAUAGAAUAGAACAUAGAGACCCUGAGAGGGGGAGGGCGUAGGAAAUGAAUCUGAGUUAUUAGACAGUGAAAUGAAAGUGUGUUCUCUGCUGAAACGAUGUGAUCGAAUCCUUCUGCUCCUAGAGAGUGGGUCUGAGUGGGUCCCUCCAGAGAGAUAGAAACGGAGACGCUGUGUGUGGAAGUUUUUUUUUUUUUUUAGUCCUGGCUAUGUUGUCCCCAGGUUCUGCUGAGUGGCGGGGUGGACUCCACGGUGUGUACGGCCCUGCUGAACAAAGCUCUGAACCAGGAGCAGGUGAUCGCGGUGCACAUCGACAACGGCUUCAUGAGGAAGAGAGAGAGCCAGAGCGUUGAGGAGGCCCUCACCAAACUGGGCAUCAACCUCAAAGGUGAGAGGUCAAGCCAAGUUAGGUGUCAACCUCAAAGGUGAGAGGUCAAGCCUAACUGGGCAUCAACCUCAAAGGUGAGAGGUCAAGCCAAGCUGGUGUCCUACACCUGUCCAGAAUGGACUCAAAUGUAGCAUUAUGGAAUGUAGCCUUCAACCAGACCAUACAUGUGCCUGGCUAUGUAUAUAAAACAAAAUAAUCACACUCACAAAAGUUAUAAAAGAAUAAAGACAUUUCAAAUGAUAUAUUAGUGGCUAUGUACAGUGUUGUAACAAUGUGCAAGUAGUUGAAGUAUGAAAGGGAAAGUAAAUAAACAGAUAAAUAAUACUGUGGGUUGUAUUUACAAUGUUUGUGCUCCACUGGUUGCCCUUUUCUCAUGGCAACGGGCCACAAAUCUUGCUGUUGUGGUUGCAUAGUGCGGUAUUUCAACUAACAGAUAUGUUUAUCAAUGUUUGACUUGUUUUCUAAUUCUUUGUGGGUCUGCGUGAUCUCUCUCUCCCCCUCCCUCCCUCCAGUGGUGAACGCAGCACACACUUUCUAUAACGGCACGACGACCCUGCCCAUCUCUGAUGAAGACCGGACGCCACGGAAACGCAUCAGCAAGACCCUCAACAUGACCACCAACCCUGAGGAGAAGAGGAAGAUCAUCGGAGAUACCUUCGUCAAGGUACUGCCUGUCUGUUAUCGGUUGAAGAUGACAAAGGUUAGAGGAUUCUAAUAUCCCAUAACUCUUUGCAACAAUGGACCAGCUAUGCUAGUUAGCAACAACGCUGGUAGUUAGCAACGGCGCUGGUCAAAUCAAAUUGUAUUUGUCACAUGCGCCGAAUACAACAGGUGUAUACCUUACUGUGAAAUGCUUACUUACAAGCCCAUGAAUCUGUUUAUUUUUGGAAAAACUUCCACAUGGAAUCAUAACUUCUUCUAGGCUUUACCUUCAACCUAGUCUAUUAUCUGUGUCUGUCUGUGAGUCUCUUUCUGUCUAUUUGUCCCUCUUUUUUUCCUCAAGACUAUUGAAUGGACUUCCUUUGUGUGUGAUUGGCGUCUGUAGGUGGCCAAUGAGGUGAUAGGGGAGAUGAACCUGAAGCCGGAGGAGGUGUUCCUAGCCCAGGGCACCCUGAGGCCAGACCUCAUAGAGAGUGCUUCUCACCUCGCCAGCGGCAAGGCAGAGGUCAUCAAAACACACCACAACGACACAGAGCUCAUCCGCAAGCUGAGAGAUGAGGUACACCCACACUCACUGAAACAAACUUCAAACACAACCUUGAAAGCAUGUCUCAGAGCUGUUUCCUUCUGUAUGAGCUAGAGGUGGUCCAAGUCGUGUCCCAAGUAGUACGGGUUGAGUCAAGUCCAAGUCGUGUCCCAAGUAGUACGGGUUGAGUCAAGUCCAAGUCGUGUCCCAAGUAGUACGGGUUGAGUCAAGUCCAAGUCGUGUCCCAAGUAGUUCGGGUUGAGUCAAGUCCAAGUCGUGUACCAAGUAAUAAUAAUAAUAAUAAUAAUAAUAUGUAGUACGGGUUGAGGAAAGUCCAAGUCGUGUACCAAGUAAUAAUAAUAAUAAUAAUAAUAUGUAGUACGGGUUGAGGAAAGUCCAAGUCGUGUCCCAAGUAGUACGGGUUGAGUCAAGUCCAAGUCGUGUCCCAAGUAGUACGGGUUGAGUCAAGUCCAAGUCGUGUCCCAAGUAGUACGGGUUGAGUCAAGUUCAAGUCGUGUCCCAAGUAGUAUGGGUUGAGUCAAGUCCAAGUCGUGUCCCAAGUAGUACGGGUUGAGUCAAGUCCAAGUCGUGUCCCAAGUAGAACGGGUUGAGUCAAGUCCACGUUGUGUCCCAAGUAGUACGGGUUGAGUCAAGUCCAAGUCGUGUCCCAAGUAGAACGGGUUGAGUCAAGUCCACGUUGUGUCCCAAGUAGUACGGGUUGAGUCAAGUCCAAGUCGUGUCCCAAGUAGUACGGGUUGAGUCAAGUCCACAUUGUGUCCCAAGUAGAACGGGUUGAGUCAAGUCCAAGUCGUGCAUUCUAAGAGCAAGUCAAGUCUCAAGUAAAAAAAAAAAAUCUAUACAGGCAAUGACUUUUUCAACUACAAAUCUUAGUCCAAGUCGUGUCCCAAGUAGUACGGGUUGAGUCAAGUCCAAGUCGUGUACCAAGUAAUAAUAAUAAUAUGUAGUACGGGUUGAGGAAAGUCCAAGUCGUGUCCCAAGUAGUACGGGUUGAGUCAAGUCCAAGUCGUGUCCCAAGUAGUACGGGUUGAGUCAAGUCCAAGUCGUGUCCCAAGUAGUACGGGUUGAGUCAAGUCCAAGUCGUGUCCCAAGUAGUACGGGUUGAGUCAAGUCCAAGUCGUGUCCCAAGUAGUACGGGUUGAGUCAAGUCCAAGUCGUGUCCCAAGUAGUACGGGUUGAGUCAAGUCCACAUUGUGUCCCAAGUAGAACGGGUUGAGUCAAGUCCAAGUCGUGCAUUCUAAGAGCAAGUCAAGUCUCAAGUAAAAAAAAAAAAUCUAUACAGGCAAUGACUUUUUCAACUACAAAUCUUAGUCCAAGUCGUGUCCCAAGUAGUACGGGUUGAGUCAAGUCCAAGUCGUGUACCAAGUAAUAAUAAUAAUAUGUAGUACGGGUUGAGGAAAGUCCAAGUCGUGUCCCAAGUAGUACGGGUUGAGUCAAGUCCAAGUCGUGUCCCAAGUAGUACGGGUUGAGUCAAGUCCAAGUCGUGUCCCAAGUAGUACGGGUUGAGUCAAGUCCAAGUCGUGUCCCAAGUAGUACGGGUUGAGGAAAGUCCAAGUCGUGUCCCAAGUAGUACGGGUUGAGUCAAGUCCAAGUCGUGUCCCAAGUAGUACGGGUUGAGUCAAGUCCAAGUCGUGUCCCAAGUAGUACGGGUUGAGUCAAGUCCAAGUCGUGUCCCAAGUAGUACGGGUUGAGUCAAGUCCAAGUCGUGUCCCAAGUAGUACGGGUUGAGUCAAGUCCAAGUCGUGUCCCAAGUAGUACGGGUUGAGUCAAGUCCACGUUGUGUCCCAAGUAGUACGGGUUGAGUCAAGUCCACGUUGUGUCCCAAGUAGUACGGGUUGAGUCAAGUCCAAGUCGUGUCCCAAGUAGUACGGGUUGAGUCAAGUUCAAGUCGUGUCCCAAGUAGUACGGGUUGAGUCAAGUUCAAGUCGUGUCCCAAGUAGUACGGGUUGAGUCAAGUCCAAGUCGUGUCCCAAGUAGUACGGGUUGAGUCAAGUCCAAGUCGUGUCCCAAGUAGAACGGGUUGAGUCAAGUCCACGUUGUGUCCCAAGUAGUACGGGUUGAGUCAAGUCCAAGUCGUGUCCCAAGUAGAACGGGUUGAGUCAAGUCCACGUUGUGUCCCAAGUAGUACGGGUUGAGUCAAGUCCAAGUCGUGUCCCAAGUAGUACGGGUUGAGUCAAGUCCACGUUGUGUCCCAAGUAGAAUGGGUUGAGUCAAGUCCAAGUCGUGCAUUCUAAGAGCAAGUCAAGUCUCAAGUAAAAAAAAAAAAUCUAUACAGGCAAUGACUUUUUCAACUACAAAUCUUUGUCUAUUUAUUGAGGCUACCAGACAGCCUUUUUAAUUAUUUAGUCUACAAAUGAUUAUGUAAUAAUACAUUUUAACAAAUUACAAAUGCUUCAUAAGUAAAUGAUCAAUUUCAAGCAAUUUUGACAUACUAAAAGCCCAGUAUGCCUAUGCUAGUACGUGUUGCUUGAUGCUCCAUUGCUGGUGAUCUUGUAGCAAAGUAAACAGUUCAUAUUCUUGAUCAACAUUUCUUUUUGGGACUGCAUAUUUAUUUAUUAUGACAAUCCUCUCCCUACAAUUGGACAUUUGCGCUGCACCCAAUCCUAUAUAUGUACAGCAAAUCAGCAAUCUGUUCACUAGCUCAGUGGUUUUCAAACUUUUUGACCCCGCGACCCCCAAAAAGGAGUGGUUCAAAGCCUUGCGACCCAAGUGCACAGGGCGACGACGCGCGCACAAUCGCUGCGUAAAUAUAGCCUGUCAUUAUAGCCAUAAACAGUGAUGCAUUUUCAAAACGCAAAAUACACAAAUAAACUGCGUUUUACAGCUGCAUUUUGAGCUGAAGGUCAUUCAUCUUAGCAGUCAAUAUGAACUAGGGAUAUCAUGUCGCAUUGUCACUUGUCUGGAGUCCAGAGCAAGCAGGAUCAUACGGCCUACCUGUAUGUAGCAGGAUCAUACGGCCUACCUGUAUGUAGCAGGAUCAUACGGCCUACCUGUAUGAAGCAGGAUCAUACGGCCUACCUGUAUGAAGCAGGAUCAUACGGCCUACCUGUAUGCAGCAGGAUCAUACGGCCUACCUGUAUGAAGCAGGAUCAUACGGCCUACGUGUAUGCAGCAGGAUCAUACGGCCUACCUGUAUGAAGCAGGAUCAUACGGCAUACUUGUAUGUAGCAGGAUCAUACGGCCUACCUGUAUGUAGCAGGAUCAUACGGCCUACCUGUAUGCAGCAGGAUCAUACGGCCUACCUGUAUGCAGCAGGAUCAUACGGCCUACCUGAAUGCAGCGGAGGUUGCAGGAUCGGGUGGAAAGCAUGAUCUGUCUGUAAACUUUUUCUUCCUCACAGAAAUCAUUCAUUUGCCAGAAUGUUACCUCUUCAUCUUCAUCCCAUAAAGUGUGAAGGUAGUGUGAUGUUACAGCUAUCUUUAGACAUCUAGCCAGUACCCAACACUGAGGUAGAGAAUUAUAACCCACCUUUCUGAAAUAUGAAAAUGAUCAAUGAAAUUACCAGGUAUCCUAUUGUUGUGGUACGUAUGUGUCUGUAGCAGAUCGCUAAAUGUUACUUUAUAUGGAUAAUCUAUAGGCUACUCUGUUUUUGCCAGGCAAGUGCAUUUUGGUCACUAAUCUGGAUAUGUGCGCCCGCCUUUGUGCGCCAAUGCUGAUGACUGGUCGUUGGUCAACAGUCAAGAUGUGCAACUUUGUGGUUCUGAAACACAGAUUAGAUGUUUUUGAAACAAGAAUUUGGUGCAAUGCGGUAGGCUUAUGUUAGUGACCAGAUCGAAUAAGCAAAGGUAUGAAUACAAAUGGUAGGCUAUACAUAACCUAUUAAAAUAUGUAUGGAAAAAAUAUUUUCCCCAUUCAGUUUCACACUUCCCCCAAAACCUUCUCACUGCGCUAGCUCACCCGACCUGUGUUGAUUGACAGUUUGCUGGGCUGAGUGUGCGUUUCACUAGGCAAUCGUUUUUUUUGCUUGUUGCAAGUGCAAUACUGUCUGUCAGGUGGGAUGGGGAGCGUCGCUGCACAGCUAUUUUCAGUUCUCUCCAGAGAUGUUCGAUCGGCUUCAAGUCCGGGCUCUGGCUGGGCCACUCAAGGACAUUCAGAGACUUGGCCCGAAGCCACUCCUGCGUUGUCUUGGCUGUGUGCUUAGGGUCGUUGUCCUGUUGGAAGGUGAACCUUCGCCCCAGUCUGAGGUGCUGAGAGCUCUGGAGCAGGUUUUCAUCAAGGAUCACUCUGUACGUUGCUCCGUUCAUCUUUGCCUCGAUCCUGAAUAGACUCCCAGUCCCUGUCACUGAAAAACAUCCCCACAGCAUGAUGCUGCCACCACCAUGCUUCACCAUAGGGAUGGUGCCAGGUUUCAUCCAGACGUGACGCUUGGCAUUCAACCCUGUUUUCGCUUUGUCAUUAUGGGGUAUUGUGUGUAGAUUGCUGAGAAGAAAAAUAUAUAUUUAAUCCAUUUUAGAAAAAGGCUGUAACGUAACAAAAUGUGAAAAAAGUCAAGGGAUCUGAAUACUUUCCGAAGGCAUUGUAAUUUCAAGUCAUCAACCUCAAGUCAAUGUUGAGUCCGGAGUCUUGAGGCUCCAAGUCCAAGUCAAUUCUGAAGUUAUUUUAUUUUCUAACAAGUCGAGUCUCAAGUCAUGAAAUUUGUGACAUCUGGUCUGAACUGUCUCUCUCAUUCCCUCCAGGGAAAAGUCAUUGAGCCGCUGAAGGACUUCCAUAAGGAUGAGGUACGGGCACUGGGCAGAGAACUGGGACUGCCAGAGGACAUCGUCUGUCGACACCCUUUCCCUGGUCAGUACUCCACCGUACACACACAGAAUAGAAUGUUAUAUAGUCAUGGGAACAUUUAGAACCAACACAGAAUAGAAUGUUAUAUAGUCAUGGAACAUUUAGAACCAACACAGAAUAGAAUGUUAUAUAGUCAUGGAACAUUUAGAACCAACACAGAAUAGAAUGUUAUAUAGUCAUGGAACAUUUAGAACCAACACAGAAUAGAAUGUUAUAUAUAUAGUCAUGGAACAUUUAGAACCAACACAGAAUAGAAUGUUAUAUAUAGUCAUGGAACAUUUAGAACCAACACAGAAUAGAAUGUUAUAUAGUCAUGGAACAUUUAGAACAGGGUCCCCAUUGUAGGACAUAAAAGACUGUACAAACACCAGAAAAUCAUCUCCAAGUGACUUUAAUUUUGGAAAUCUGUUCCCAAGUAUUUCCAUGCGUAAUAGAGAGAUGUGAUCAUUUACAAUUUAAUAAUAAUUGAUUGGAUUUAUAUAGCACUUUUCUACCAACUGAGGUACUCAAAGCGCUUUACAUAGUAGGGGGAAACUCACCUCAUCCACCAUCAAUGUGUAGCACCCACCUCAGUGAUGCACGGCGACUAUUUUUGUGCCAGAACGCUCACUACACAUCAGGUGGAGAGGUGAGGAGGGAUAUAUGUCAAUUAGGAAUGAGGGGGAUGAUUAGGUGGCCACGAUGAAAUGUGGCCAGGUUGGGAAUUUAGCCAUGACACCGGGGUGAACAUCCCUACUCUUACAAUAAGUGCCAUGGGAUUUUGAAUGACCACAGAGUCAGGACACCCGUUUUAACGUCCCAUCCGAAGGACUGCACCCUACGCAGGACUAUGUUCUCAAAUAUAAUCAAGGUUUGAAAUGUUUGUUUUAGUCAAAUAUUAUAUCUGUUUAGGCUUCUUGCGGUCAAUUUGCAGUCUAAAAAUAUAUAUAUUUAUUAUGUUCUGGCCCCCCGACCAUCCACUCAAGAAAAACAUAGUUGAUGAUCCCUGAUUUAGAAUCAACACAGAAUAGAAUGUUAUAUAUAGUCAUGGAACAUUUGGAACCAACACAGAAUAGAAUGUUACAGUGGGGAAAACAAGUAUUUGAUACACUGCCGAUUUUGCAGGUUUUCCUACUUACAAAGCAUGUAGAGGUCUGUAAUUUUUAUCAUAGGUACACUUCAACUGUGAGAGACGGAAUCUAAAACAAAAAUCCCGAAAAUCACAUUGUAUGAUUUUUAAGUAAUUAAUUUGCAUUUUAUUGCAUGACAUAAGUAUUUGAUCACCUACCAACCAGUAAGAAUUCCGGCUCUCACAGACCUGUUAGUUUUUCUUUAAGAAGCCCUCCUGUUCUCCACUCAUUACCUGUAUUAACUGCACCUGUUUUGAACUCGUUACCUGUAUAAAAGACACCUGUCCACACACUCAAUCAAACAGACUCCAACCUCUCCACAAUGGCCAAGACCAGAGAGCUGUGUAAGGACAUCAGGGAUAAAAUUGUAGACCUGCCAAGGCUGGGAUGGGCUACAGGACAAUAGGCAAGCAGCUUGGUGAGAAGGCAACAACUGUUGGCGCAAUUAUUAGAAAAUGGAAGAAGUUCAAGAUGACGGUCAAUCACCCUCGGUCUGGGGCUCCAUGCAAGAUCUCACCUCGUGGGGCAUCAAUGAUCAUGAGGAAGGUGAGGGAUCAGCCCAGAACUACACCGUAUUGAAGGGAGGAUGGAUGGGGCCAUGUAUCGCGAGAUCUUGGCCAACAACCUCCUUCCCUCAGUAAGAGCAUUGAAGAUGGGUCGUGGCUGAGUCUUCCAGCAUGACAACGACCCGAAACACACAGCCAGGGAAACUAAGGAGUGGCUCCGUAAGAAGCAUCUCAAGGUCCUGGAGUGGCCUAGCCAGUCUCCAGACCUGAACCCAAUAGAACAUCUUUGGAGGGAGCUGAAAGUCCGUAUUGCCCAGUGACAGCCCCGAAACCUGAAAGAUCUGGAGAAGGUUUGUAUGGAGGAGUGGGCCAAAAUCCCUGCUGCAGUGUGUGCAAACCUGGUCAAGACCUACAGGAAACGUAUGAUCUCUGUAAUUACAAACAAAGGUUUCUGUACCAAAUAUUAAGUUCUGCUUUUCUGAUGUAUCAAAUACUUAUGUCAUGCAAUAAAAUGCAAAUUAAUUACUUAAAAAUCAUACAAUGUGAUUUUCUGGAUUUUUGUUUUAGAUUCCGUCUCUCACAGUUGAAGUGUACCUAUGAUAGAAAUUACAGACCUCUACAUGCUUUGUAAGUAGGAAAACCUGCAAAAUCGGCAGUGUAUCAAAUACUUGUUCUCCCCACUGUAUAUAUACAGUACCAGUCAAAAGUUUGGACACACCUACUCAUUCCAGGGCUUUCUUUAUUUUGACUAUUUUCUACAUUGUAGAAUAAUAGUGAAGACAUCAAAACUAUGAAAUAACACAUGGAAUCAUGUAGUAACCAAAAAAGUGUUAAACAAAUCUUCAAAUAGCCACCCUUUGCCUUGAUGACAGCUUUGCACACUCUGGUUCAGACGAUCACCUAAUCAGUACCUAAUUCAGUAGAAUGAGGUGUGCCUGUGUUGGAAUUCAACAGACACUGGAAUGGAAUGGCUGUCAUACAUGUAGAGAUGCUGAUUUAAGAAAAAAUUGCAGUGGUCUCUUAAUUUUUUCCAGAGCUGUGUGUGUAUAUAUUUUAUUUAUUCAUUCAUGGACAUUUGGAAUCAACAAAGAUAAUAGCAGAAGUAUGGCUGUGAUGUUAACCCCAUCCUCCUCUAGGUCCUGGCCUGGCCAUCAGAGUGAUCUGUGCGGACGAGCCCUACAUCUGUAAGGACUUUGCUGAGACCAACAACAUCCUCAAGAUCAUCACAGACUUCUCCGCCAUGGUCAAAAAGGUCAGAGGGCACAGCAUCACUAGUCUAUGACCGGAACACUGUCAAUAACAGAGUUUAUCUCGAUUCCAUUUCAAUUUGAGCUUAAUUGGACAUGGAAUUCUAGAAUGGACUGUAGAUGGAAUUGAUGGAAUUGACCCCAACUGUCCUUCUUUGUGCACAGACAUGCUGAUAACUAACUCUAGUAUGUCAGACUAGUUUGUUAAUAAUCAUAACUUACUCUGUCCCUCCAGCCCCACACGUUACUGCAGAGAGUGAAGUCGUGUAUAUCAGACGAGGAGGAGGAGAAACUCCUGCAGAUCACCAGUCUUCAUUCACUCAAUGCCUUCCUGCUUCCAAUCAAGACCGUUGGAGUCCAGGUAACACUUCUUACACUCACACUAAGCACUGCUCGCCACGAGGCUGGUCGCUGUCUGUAUGUGACCUCCGACUUCUAGAAAUGUACGGGUGGUCCUGGAAAUUGAUCCCACUAUCCUGGCGUUGCAAGAGCCAUGCUCUACCAAGGGAGUUACAGAGGACCACUGAUCUACAGUUGUCUUUGGCUACUGGUCACCUGACUGAGGCUUCCUAUCGUGUCUGUGAGCAGGGAUAGAUGGGUGUAUCUGAUUCUUGGUGCUGAGCAAUUUGAGGUUGGUUCGGAUUUGUUAAACAACAACACAGUUUUCAAUUUCGGUGUCGAUUUUUUUUUUUUAAGAAUAGGCUAAAGGCAUUAUGUGGGUGGAAUGCUGUAACAACACCUAAUAAAACAAUUGAUGGUAGUGCCCAUUACUGCCACUAACCAUAAUUUAUUCACAUUACUUAAGUAAAAUAUUUUGGUUCUGUAUAUUUUUUUAAACAUUUUUUUUAUAUAUAUAUUUUUUUAUAUUACAUAUUUGUUUUUUAGUAUGAUGAUGACUUUAUUAUUUCAUAAAACCCCAGUGAUGGUUGGCUAGUGACUGCCCAUUGCAGCUUAUAUGUAGUUUAUGGAAUUGUUGCUUCUGUCCCUCUCCUCGCCCUAACCUGGGCUCGAACCAGGGACCCUCUGAACACAACAACUGCCUCCCACGAAGCAUUGUUACGUAUCGCUCCACAAAAGCCGCUACUCUUGCAGAGUAAGGGAAACAACUGCUUCAAGGUCUCAGAGCGAGUGAUGUCACCGAUUGAAACGCAACUAGCAGGCACCGCUAACUAGCUAGCCAUUUCACACCGGUUACAUGUAGCAAAAUUACAUUUGUUUUCAAUUAGUUAUUUAAAAACCGAAAAUAAACCAACAUUUAACCUGGGCUCUGGUCAACUUGGGGGGGGGGGGGAUUUCUGUCUGUAAUAAAACUCAUUCUGAUUGUCUGGGCCUGGCUCCCCGGUGGGUGGGCCUAUGCCCUCCCAGGCCCACCCAUGGCUGCACCCCUAUGCCCUCCCAGGCCCACCCAUGGCUGCACCCCUGCCCAGUUAUGUGAAAUCCAUAGAUUAGGGCCUAAUUAAUUUUUUUCAAUUGACUGAUUUUUUUUCUAUGAAUUGUAACUCAGUAAAGUUUUUGAAAUUGUUGCAUUUUAUAUUUUUGUUCAGUAUAAAUAUAUUCAUGUUACAGGCUUUGGUUUUUCCAUUUAUGUUUUGAGGUUGGACUUUAGCGCAUAUAGCUCAUUAGCGCGUAAGGCGCACUGAUUGGUGUCACAUCAUUAGUCAGUAUGUGUUACACCUGUGCUGGUUACCAUCUCGUUAGUGGGAAGGUGUUUGACCUGUGCUGGCCCAGGUGCUAUUUUAAGAGCGACUGGCCCAGUGCUCCAGUUGUCUUGAUAGAUGCGGAGGGUCAACACCUCUCUCUAAUUUAUUUAUUUCCCUAUUUAGAUUUCUAGACAAACAAUAAUUUAUCUGUUUUUGGUUUGCUUCCUGUCUUUAAGUUUGGUGUCGUUUUUUUUUCUUUUGUUUGCCUCUUCUUGGGCAAAUUUUGUGGGGGCUGGGGCCUCCCGAGUGGCCCAGCGGUCUAAGGCACUGCAUCGCAGUGGUAGAGGCGUCACUACAGACCCUGGUUCGCUCCAAGGCUGUGUCGCAGCCUGCUGCGACCGGGAGACCCAUGAGGCUGCGCACAAUAGGCCCAGCGUCGUCCGGGUUAGGGGCUUUGGCCGGCCGGGAUGUCCUUGUCUCAUCGCGCUCUAGCGACUCCUUGUGGCGGGCCGGGCGCAUGCACGCUUACUACGGUCGCCAGUUGUACUGUGUUUCCUCCGACACAUUGGUGCGGCUGGCUUCCGGGUUAAGCGAGCAGUGUGUCAAGAAGAAGACUGUAACUACCAAUUUGGAUAUCACAAAAAAAGGGGUAAAAAGUACAAAAAAAAUAUAUAAUAACAUUUGUGGGCGCCUUUUAGGUUGCAGUUGUUGCUAGUCAACUGUCAGUGGACACCCCCACGAGUGUCUUUCAGAACCCCUCUUAAAACCACACCUGAUUUGGUUGUUGGUCAGUGACUUUGUUAGUUCCCUCUUCUGUUUGAGUGACAUUUUGGGUUUUCUUGCUGGGGAAAGUAAUGCAUGUCACAGAAUAAUUGAUUAUAACACACUGUUUUGCAAUGAAGGUCUACAGUAGCCUCAACAGCACUCUGUAGGGUAGCAACAUGGUGUAGCCGGAGGACAGCUAGCUUCCGUCCUCCUCUGGGUAUAUUGACUUCAAUACAAAACCUAGGAGGCUCAUGGCUCUCACCCCCUUCCAUAGACUUACACAGUAAUUAUGACUACUUCCGGAGGACGUCCUCCAACCUAUCAGAGCUCUUGCAGCAUGAACUGAAAUGUUGUCCACUCAAUCAAAGGAUCAGAUAUUUAUUCUAGUACUUUAGCAUAAGCUACAGCUAGCUAGCACUACAGUGCAUAAAAUGUGAGUAGUUGACUCAAAGAGAGAGAAAGACAAUAGUUGAACAGUUUUGAACAAAUUCAUUUAUUUAAAAAUGAAGGAGAGGCGAGAGAGCGCUAGCUAGCUAUAUUUCAUUGUAUUUUAUUUCUCUUUCACUUAGCUAGUGUGAAUGCCUACUCAAACAGAGAGGGAUGCUAUGUUAGCUAGCUGGCUAUGGUUAUUAAACACUGGAACUCUUCCAAGUCAAGGUAAGCUUUUGGUUUUAUUAAUUUAUUGCCACCGGGGCCCGCCGGUGUAACUGCUAAACUGCUUGCUGACUGUACACUGUACUGCGUGGUUGUAGCAAGUUUACUAACGUUUUAGUUCUAGUAGCUAUGUUGACUAGCUAUGACGUUUGCUAAUAUGGUGACAACGAUGUAGGCUGUGUUUAGCGGUUAUGAUAUGAAGGUUUGGCUUGGAAAUUAUUUUUUUCACCUGGUCACAAACAGCUAAUGUGUUGUUCACUGAAGUCCACAAGCAAAGGGAAGAGGUGAGAGGAGGAGAGGAGGAAUUCUACAACGAGCAAAAUGAUCAUGCUGUUUGUAUGUGGCUGCUAUGAAAGUGAACUGUUUGCGUGUGAUCAGGGGUGUAUUCAUUCCGCCAAUUCUGUCGAAAAACGUUUCUUAAACGGAAGCAAACGGAACGAAAUGGGGAUAAACAUAACUGAAUUUGUCCAAUAGAAACUCUUGUUUGCAACUGUUGGACUAAUGAUUACACCCCAGAUCAGCUAAUUUCUCUCGAUCUGUGCACCUACAUUGUUAACUUUCAUUCAUAGGCUAGGUUGGAGCAACCUCAUGAUGGGUAUAGGGAAUAUUUGAGUAUCAUGUAGUAGCCUAAACCUAUCGAUGUUACAUUGAGCUGGGUGAAUGGAAUAUGAAUGAAAGUCAUCCAAUAUGCUGUAAUAGAAAUAAGAACAUGCUCAUAUAAAUAAAAAAAUCUUCCGCUCCCAUCUUUAAAACGUCACCGACCGCCACUGUAGGGAACAUAGAGCAGCGGAAGAAUUCAGUUUGAGUCAUCAGGCAAGUGGUCUAUAGCAAUGGGCUAUAUGUGUCUGUCUGCCCAAUUACAUUACCUAGGCUCUGUGGUCAACAGCACCCUUAAUGACACAGUGGGCUGAAUGUCUGUCUGCCCAAUUACAUUACCUAGGCUCUGUGGUCAACAGCACCCUUAAUGACACAGUGGGCUGAAUGUCUGUCUGCCCAAUUACAUUACCUAGGCUCUGUGGUCAACAGCACCCUUAAUGACACAGUGGGCUGAAUGUCUGUCUGCCCAAUUACAUUACCUAGGCUCUGUGGUCUACAGCAAUGGGCUAUAUGUGUCUGUCUGCCCAAUUACAUUACCUAGGCUCUGUGGUCAACAGCACCCUUGAUGACACAGUGGGCUGUAUGUCUGUCUGUCUGCCCAAUUACAUUACCUAGGCUCUGUGGUCAACAGCACCCUUGAUGACACAGUGGGCUGUAUGUCUGUCUGUCUGCCCAAUUACAUUACCUAGGCUCUGUGGUCAACAGCACCCUUGAUGACACAGUGGGCUGUAUGUCUGUCUGUCUGCCCAAUUACAUUACCUAGGCUCUGUGGUCAACAGCACCCUUGAUGACACAGUGGGCUGUAUGUCUGUCUGUCUGUUCUGUUCUUCCAUCUGUUUCUUUUGGGGAAUUCAGACCAGCUGUUUGCAUUAAAGGAGAAAUCCAUAGUGUCUACAUUGUAGAACAGACACACUCAGAACAGUACAAACCUCAGUCUCAUUCUUCUUUCUGUCCCUCCCUCUCUUGACAGUGUGUGGUGUAGCUAGGCCUAAUGUUAGCCUGUGGUUUGGGACUGGUGUUCCUUCACCCAGCAUCCAUGGCAGGACUAGUUUGACACUCCCUGGUGUUCCUUCACCCAGCAGCCAUGGCAGGACUAGUUUGACACUCCCUGGUAUUCCUUCACCCAGCAUCCAUGGCAGGACUAGUUUGACACUCCCUGGUAUUCCUUCACCCAGCAUCCAUGGCAGGACUAGUUUGACACUCCCUGGUGUUCCUUCACCCAGCAUCCAUGGCAGGACUAGUUUGACACUCCCUGGUGUUCCUUCACCCAGCAGCCAUGGCAGGACUAGUUUGACACUACCUGGUGUUCCUUCACCCAGCAUCCAUGGCAGGACUAGUUUGACACUCCCUGGUGUUCCUUCACCCAGCAGCCAUGGCAGGACUAGUUUGACACUCCCUGGUGUUCCUUCACCCAGCAGCCAUGGCAGGACUAGUUUGACACUCCCUGGUAUUCCUUCACCCAGCAGCCAUGUCCCUCUCACUAUAACAGGAUAGCACUGCUACUGCCAGGGUAUUCACCGAUACCGUGUCAGAUCUUUUUUUUAUCCUGCUAAUGGUUAGGGUUAGGAUUGGGGCGGGGUAAUCUGAUCCUAGAUCUGUGGUUAGGGGCAAUGUCUGUUUGGCCUCUCAGCAGUGUCAAAUGGUGUUUUGGAGAUGUACUUAAUUUCCUUCAGCCCCAGGUUGUGAAAUACACGCGGGGGCGUUGUGGCUAGACAAUGUUUUUGUUGACAAGUGCAUCGGUAAUGGAAUGAUGACACAGCUGGCUCCGACCAAUUCAGUAGUGGGUGUGUCUCCCCCUCACUUCCUGCAGAAAGCCACAGAGGACUAAAUUUACCCCAGAAAGAGUGUGUGUGUGUGUUGUUAAGGGGAGUAGGAGAGACACAGGAGUAUAAACGGAAGGGCGUAUUAUUCUCUGUGGAGUUUAAAUAAUGAGUUUGGCUGAGAGUAGAGGGAAAUGACUAACAGAAAGGCCUCAAAUCCCCCAGUCUGUUAAUGAAGUCUAAAUGUGAAGGAUGGAACCCAAUAGAUCACGUUUGAUUGACUAAUCAUCACAAUAAUUAAGUGUUGGUCAAGAGAGAACCUCUAUAGCGUACAUAAGUGGUCCUAGCUGAAGCUCUAGUGUGUGUGUGUGUGUGUGUGUAGGGUGACUGUCAGUCCUAUAGCUAUGAGUGUAGGGUGACUGUCAGUCCUAUAGCUAUGAGUGUAGGGUGACUGUCAGUCCUAUAGCUAUGAGUGUAGGGUGACUGUCAGUCCUAUAGCUAUGAGUGUAGGGUGACUGUCAGUCCUAUAGCUAUGAGUGUAGGGUGACUGUCGGUCCUAUAGCUAUGAGUGUAGGGUGACUGUCAGUCCUAUAGCUAUGAGUGUAGGGUGACUGUCAGUCCUAUAGCUAUGAGUGUAGGGUGACUGUCGGUCCUAUAGCUAUGAGUGUAGGGUGACUGUCAGUCCUAUAGCUAUGAGUGUAGGGUCACCUGUAAAGAGACUCCUAACCUGUUCUCUGUCUCUUUCUGUCUCUGUGUGUGUAGGGUGACUGUCGGUCCUAUAGCUAUGAGUGUAGGGUGACUGUCGGUCCUAUAGCUAUGAGUGUAGGGUGACUGUCAGUCCUAUAGCUAUGAGUGUAGGGUCACCUGUAAAGAGACUCCUAACCUGUUCUCUGUCUCUUUCUGUCUCUGUGUGUGUAGGGUGACUGUCGGUCCUAUAGCUAUGAGUGUAGGGUGACUGUCGGUCCUAUAGCUAUGAGUGUAGGGUGACUGUCAGUCCUAUAGCUAUGAAUGUAGGGUCACCUGUAAAGAGACUCCUAACCUGUUCUCUGUCUCUUUCUGUCUCUGUGUGUGUAGGGUGACUGUCGGUCCUAUAGCUAUGAGUGUAGGGUGACUGUCGGUCCUAUAGCUAUGAGUGUAGGGUGACUGUCAGUCCUAUAGCUAUGAAUGUAGGGUCACCUGUAAAGAGACUCCUAACCUGUUCUCUGUCUCUUUCUGUCUCUGUGUGUGUAGGGUGACUGUCGGUCCUAUAGCUAUGUCUGUGGGGUCAGCAGUAAAGAGGCUCCACACUGGGAAUCACUGAUGUUCCUGGCCAGACUCAUCCCUCGCAUGUGCCACACCAUCAACAGGUAACACAGUACAUGUUAGUAGAUGAAGUAAAACCUUUACUGUUAGCAGGAUGCCAUAUGGACUGUCUGGGUCUUUGCUCUCUCCUGCCUCCCUCCAGAGUUGUGUAUGUAUUUGGGUCCCAUGUGAAGGAGCCUCCCACAGACAUCACCCCCACCUUCCUGACCACAGGCGUUCUCAGCACACUCAGACAGGCAGACUUCGUGGCUCACUCCAUCCUCAGAGAGUCUGGUAAGUGGUUUCUGUCAAGAGAAUUUCUAUCUCUAAUUCAACCUAAGCUUGAAUCAUUACCAGAGGUUGUAAGGCUCUGUGUUUUAAUCAUCAAUGAUUCAAGGUCCACAACCCACAAGUAUUAUCUGUAUAUUUAUUCAUGGAGAGCUCUGACGCCAAAAACACAUACACUCAGUUUUAUACUUCCUGAACUUGACUCCACCCACCUUUAGGUGGCUUUUCUAAACAGUUCCCGCCUUCCCCCUUGAAUGGUUAGUAACGCCCCUUCUGUUAGUGGGUUGACACUACAUGAUCAUUCUAACAUUUAUACUGUGUUUGGGGUGAAAUUCUUUAGUCAUUAUUCUUAAAAUACAAAUUAAUCUAACAGUUUCCCGCUUCAGGAGGGGAGCAGAAUGGUUGGAUUCAGUGUGGAGCGGGAAAUAGAGUAUAGAUAUACAGUGUGUAGAAUUCUAGGGAUGUGGACGGUUAUUCGAAUAUCCAAACGGACGUUAGUAUUCAAAUACUUUGUGAGUAUUCAAUUUUGAGAGAAAAAAUUAUAGGCCUAUUUUAACAGGCUUUGUCUAAAUUAAAUGAACAUAUCCAUGUGACAUUGUUACGUACAAGGAUAUACUAUGACAUUAUUAAUUUAAUAAAAUAACAAACUUUUCAAUGUCGUUUUUAUGAUGUGCAUGGUGCGCCCCCAUAAAAAGUCUGCUUGCGCCCGUCACACACCGCCCCCUCCACAGCUGCAGCAAUAGAUCGCCAGCGUCUCUCCCUCGUGCAGCAGUGCCCAGGUUAAAAACGGAAGUAAAAAAAAUACAUGUGUUUCGGAUAGCCAACAAACAUUCACGAUACUAUUGGAAUAGUGAAAUUAUUUCAAACCCCCCCCCCCCAUCCCUAUAGAACACACUUCCCUUAUGACCUGCUCAUUGCUAACCCUGUCUGGUGUGGAAACUAUGUGCCCUCUUUCUCCCAGGUUACUCUGGUAAGAUCAGUCAGAUGCCGGUCAUCCUGACCCCGCUGCACUUUGACCGAGAUUCCUCACAGAGGCAACCGUCCUGCCGGCGCUCUGUGGUCGUCAGAACCUUCAUCACCAGAGACUUCAUGACCGGGAUCCCUGCCACGCCCGGAAACCACAUCCCUGAAGAGGUACUACCGCUAGCCACAAGGGGGGGAUUAGAAAGACAGACGGACAUUGUUCUAUUGCUCUCAGUGCAGAUGUAGAAACCUGUAGGUCUCCAGCCCUAACCCUUUUCUCUCUCUCUCUCUCUCUCUCUCUCUCUCUCUCUCUCUCUCUCUCUCUCUCUCUCUCUCUCUUCUCUUCUCUUCUCUUCUCUCUCUCUUCUCUUCUCUUCUCUUCUCUCUCUCUCUCUCUCUCUCUCUCUCCUCUCUCUCUCUUCGUUCCUCUCUCUCUCUCUCUCCCCCCCCCCCCCAAUCUGGCUCCACAGGUGGUGCUGAAGAUGGUGAAUGAGAUCAAGAAGAUCCCUGGCAUCUCCAGGGUGAUGUUUGACCUGACCUCCAAACCUCCCGGCACCACAGAGUGGGAGUAGAGCUCAUGAAGAGAGAGAGAAGGGAGGUGUGGUGAGCUCCUCUUCUCCUCCUUUCUUUCCUAACACCUCCACACUCCCCCCCCCCCCCCCCCCCCCCCA